AUGGAUCUUCUUGAGCAAGACGCGGCGAUUCUCACGCUUGUCCCGUCCCUAGCACCGGGUCUCGUAUCACGCCGCCCCUACGUCGACUCUUUGUAUACUUUUUUAGAUACAUUGAACGAUGCGCGCCCGGAACUUGUUAGUGCAAUCCGGCUGCUGGUGGAAAAAGCAGUAGCGGCCGGCCAAUGCAAGAAUGUUUCGACGGUCCACGUGGAUCUGGAUAAGACUGUUUUGCUUACGUAUGCCUUUGGGGAUCUCUAUUCCGCGGCGUUGGCGCUUGCAGACGGUGGAAUCGAGGCGCUUGUCGCGGGCGGCGAACACCACAGUGCGCCUGAAGCGGUGCAAAAGUACAUGCGCGGACAAACGCCGCCGGUACCUGUGUUCAUGCGCGUGGACUUGGCUCCGCGCCAAACACUGGAGCAGCAAGCGGCGCCCGUCCACGGUCUUCUUCGGGCGCGCGCAAUGCUCGAGGUGCUCGGGCUUCGCUUAGACUUGGACACUUUGGAGGUGCAUGCGGACAGUGAAAUGCAGACGGAUGCUAGAGAUGAUCCGCCAGCUGCGGAAACUGGACACGGGAUGCAUCUUGGUCCACAAGUUCCAAAAGGAAAACAUGUGCCACAAGUCCCAAAAAAAUUGGAGACUUGCCCAGAGCCUUUGCAGACACCUACGGUAUUGGCAGAUUUGCACGCCUGGUUCUGUCUGUGCGAGCCAUUUUCGCGCGCAUGUGUGGGCCACUUUCGCUCGGGAACCCAAGUCGCUGCGCAAACUCUGGGCUUGCUCGCCCGGUUUUUCCAAGGCUCGCGCUGCAAUCACGCCACGCCGCUCCCCGUGUGCAUGCACUUGCUUGCUCUAGUGCUACUGGCAUACAAUCCCGCGCUCCCAGUACGCGUGCGUCGCAUCACGCGAGCACGCGAGAUAUGA